CCACGGCAUCAGCGAAAGAGAAUUGAAUCGAUAAAAACAUUGACUGCUUCGUCAUAUCGAGAUCGGGAUCCGAGUAGGCUGCGAGCGAGAGUGUGUGGCGCAGAGCAGAAGGGUGAUUCAGUUCAGUGUUCGAUCACAGUCGGCUGUCAGAGUGAGUGCAUCCCACCCUAAUAGCAGUCAGUCAGUGCCCUAAACGCUGCCCCAAAGUCAAAGCCUGCUUGACCAAAAAAUGUUGGCCAUCAUCAUGUGAUUGAAGAUUAGAACGCCUACUGCGGUGAAUGGCGACUCGGUUAGUGGUGCUUAGUGCGUCGUGCGAUUGCAUGCAGUGACAUUUCGGGUUUGGAUCGAUAUUGUAAUUCGUCGUGCGGUAAACAUACGGCCACCCACACCCAAUUUGUUCCUCGGUUCUCGGCUAUCUAAUCGCAUACGUCAGACGUCUUGCGUUCUAAAUUCGGUGCGGCCGCAAGAAGAGAAGAAGUGGAAGGUGGCCAAAAUUGCAUAAUCGACGCUGCACUUUAGAGGGCACAGAACACUCAUCGCGUCGACCAGUACUGAUACGAAACGAAAGAUUCCGCAUCCGCAUUCUAAACCCUGCCUGCCGCAGUAGGUUCGUCUCUCCUAGCAACACUCACACACUCAAACAACCGGUCACUCACCGCCGCGGCAGCAACCUUGCGUGGACAUCCCAUUCAGAAAGCGUACAUAAAUAAAAAUAACAAAAAUCGGUAUCGGUACUCCGUCGUCGUCGUCGGUGUGUAGACUUCUACUGUAUCGCAACGCAACGCUGGCCUGCUGCGUUUUUUGUGUAGAAUUCCAACGGGACACUCGCGAGUGUGGGUAGCUACUCAGCGCUGCGCCUGAAGAUAGAUGUGGGUGUGUGUGCGUGUCGCCAUUCGGUCGGUGGUCAACCAUCUUUGAUUCGCUCGGCUGCUGGCUGACUGCAUUCGUAUAAGUAGUAUUAUUAUUAUUGCUGCUGCCCUGCCACGGCCAGGCAAAGGCAAUUCGUCGGGCAGUCAGUCAGUCAGUAGUGGCAACUGCGAAGAAGCAGAGAGUUGUGUUUGUUGUGUAUGAGCAGCAAGAAUAGUGAUCGUCUUCGUUUUUGAGGCACUCAUCGGGGUACGGUAAUCUAAAAGUGGUUCAAUAAGUGGUGUGAGAUUAGAAGUGAGCAGUAGGCUGUGGAAGGCAGCUUCGAGCUUGGAGCAAGCGGGCGAAAGAGCAGAAGAGAGCGAAGUUGGCUUGAAUAUGGCUGUGUUUUUAAUUAACAUAUGCAAGUUCAAUGGUUGUGGCAUUACGUUUCCGAGUUUGGGCGAUCUGAUUCAGCACAUCGAGGAUACCCACAUAGACUACGACUCGCAGAUCAUCGGCCAGAAGGAAAAGUCGCAGUCCACGUGUCUUCCCUUGAGCUAUGUGCUGCGCUUCAUCACGGAUCCAUCGCGGAAGGAGAACUCCCUGACCAAUGGAGCCACUGGAGCCGGCGGCUGUGGCGGCCUCAAGGGCAGCCUGGGCAGUAGUGGUGGACACAAUGGCGGCAGUCUGACGGCGUCCAGUGCCGGGGGUGGUGCUGACAGUACAGCGUAUCAAAGCACACCUCCGGGAACGCCCGGCAGUAUCACGUCGUCAUCGUUGCAUGGAGGCGGAAGUGGGGGUCUGGGAGGUGGAGGAGGGGGAACGACGGGGAGUGGAACCGGUGGGAACACUGGGACGAGUGCGGAUGGUAAGCUUGCGGCGGCAGGAUCGGCUGGUACCGAUAUGAAACGCAAGAUAGCUAUCAAGCAUCACAGCUACAGCAUGUCAUCCUCGAACCGAAGUACAACGCCCACUGGUAGCGAAAUGGACGAUGACGACAUGAUGGUGUCCGAGUCGGAGGACAGCAACGAUUCGUGGACGACGGAGGAGUUCAGUUCGGAGUUCAUAAUGCGCUAUGGAAGCAGGCGCCAUUCAUCAUCCAGUGGAAACGGGUUGAACUCAUCCAAUGAGAAACCGUUUGCGUGUCCAGUGCCGGGUUGCAAAAAGCGGUACAAGAACGUGAACGGAAUCAAGUACCACUCGAAGAACGGCCAUAAAAAGGACGGAAAUCGCGUCCGGAAGGGCUUCAAAUGCCACUGUGGCAAAAGCUACAAAACAUCCCAGAGGCUAAAGAACCACCAGCACAGUGCUCACCAGAACCCGGUGGUGGUGGACGCUGUCAGUCCGUCUGCCAGUGUGUCCGUUCAGCAGCAGUUGUCAGGAGCGUUGGUGUCGCCCGUUUCCUCAUCAUCCUCUUCGUCGUCCUGUUCGUCCACAGUGUCGUCCAUCGUUCAGUCCCUAUGUUCCUCCGCCAACGCCAACGGCACCAGCAGCGGUAACAAUCAACAGCAAACCGGUGGUGGUGGCAAUGCGACGCUCAGCGUGCCAAGUGCCGUCGCCAUUGCCACCGCAGCAGUAUCUAGUCAAAUUGCAUCUUCCUCCUCCUCAUCGUCGAGUUCAUCAUCCUCUUCAUCGUCCUCGUCGUCAUCGUCGUCGGCCGGUUCUCCAAACGGCAAGUACGACAACCUGGGCAUUCUAACGCCGGCGACAUCGCCCAAGCUGACCCUGAUGACUGCCACCGGCGGAGCCGGCCCAGAAAGCCUGCUCCCGAUGACCCCCAUCAGUCCCACGGGUUCCGUGGGAAGCGGAACGGCCACCGGUUCCGGUGGGGGAGGUGGCGGAGGAGGUAACAGUGCAAGUUCAGCGCUGGUAAGUAGUAAAGCCUUGUCGGCGGCCACUCUCGUGGGCCAACUGCACACCGAAGAGACGUAGCCGAUACUCAAGAAUCUACUGCUGAGAAAGUGUUGAAGGUAAACGUGACCGCAGGCGUGCACGAGGGUCGUGUGAUGCGGUCCCCCCGCCAUGAUCUUGCGGUCGUUCGUCGUCGUCUCUUUUUCGUUGUUAUCUUAGUGAAAAAAUGAUACGCUUUUUAACUUUACGCCCGACGCAGCGCGUGUUCAAGUACUGCUACAUACAAAAAAAACGCACCUUCGGUGUCUGGCUGGUAGAAAUGGACUUAGAGAGAGGAUAUAAGUGAAACAAUAGAGAUACUACAGAGGAUAAAAUCAUCAGAAAUAUCCACACAAACAUCUAAUUAAAAUUUGCACCUGCAAUAGAGCAGUUUAGGGGCUUCAAGCGACUCGUAUUACAAACGUUCAAGGAAAGGUUCAGCAUCAGCUUUGUUUUGGAUUACUAGCUCUUAAAAAAAAAAAACAAUAGUUCUUGGUCACCACAACAGGAAAUAGUUUUUAACCUUGUAGAAUGUAGAACAAAUUCACACAGUGUCACAGCAGUCAGCAACUAUCAAUUAACCGCCUAUCUUUUCACGUCGCUUCCGCUAUACCUAACGCUUUUUUUUUUAUUGAAUCGCACUGUCUGCGCGGUAGACUUUAAACGCCGAUUUUUGUUUUUCGUUUUUUAAUUUAUUUAAACCCCCGUACUUAAGUAGACGCGCGCACGAGCUGAAGCUACUAAAUCUACUGUGUAUAACUAUUGUAUUGUCGCUGUCGGUUAAGUUUUCUUUCGAAGUGUGUCUUGUUUCGUUCGAUUUUAUGAUGAGUUGCGAACCUCGCGAAAAGGUCCUUUUCGCGCCUGUAUUUUGCACUGUUUUACAGGAUUAGGGAAACAGAUCUAAGUAGGCUUCAAUUCUAAACCUCACCACACAUUUCUAUAGAAGAGUUAGACAGAGAUAGUGAGAGAAAAGAGAGAGUAAAAUUAACUGAGUAAAGCGGAAAACUAAACUAGCACACACACAAAACGAUAUACUAACUAUAUCAAAGAAUAACAAAUCAGAUCUCAGAUUCUCGUUCGCUUGUAGCUUGUAAACCAUACAAAAUAGUAGGAUCAGAGGAGAACUGUUAAUAAGUAGUAAGGGCCGGCAGCAGCGCGGCGUUGCAACGACCGGAAACGAAGAAAGAUUGAUAAACUAUCGAUACCAAAAUUUACUUCAUAGGAUCUUUAUAGAUAAUUAAUAUAUUAUAUUUAUCGUAAACAAGAAAACAGCAGAAAAAACGCAAGUUAAAUCGAUUGCCUGUUGAUCAAAAUUCAAACAAACAAAAAAAAAA